GGGAAUUGGGGAAUUGAAAUGACCCUUGUAUCUGUCUCUUUCUGUUUCUCUUCUCUUGUUAUACUUUCCCUUCCAAAAUCCCACCUCUAAUCUCUCUCUCUUCUCUCUAGCCUCUCUCUCUCUCUCAGCUCCAAAGCCUCUCUCUCUCUUUCUCUAUUUGUGUCACUAGAAAUUGUGCAAGAUAUAGUAGAUGACAGCUCCGAACAUGGCAACGAUCGCCGCAUCUCUGGAGCGGUCUAUGCAAAACUGCUCCUUAAACCACCACCGCCAGACCACCAUCGGUGACGGCGGUAACGGCAGCCAAAGCAGUCAAGGGUCGAGUCAUGUUGGGAUGAGAGGAAGGUCGUCGUCAACCUCAUCAACCUCAGACGAUGCUGCGCAGCAGAACCAAUUCACACCUAACAACAACAACGAGGACACGGCUCUGGAACUCAACUCAAAUGUCUCGCUCCCCUACCAUUGGGAACAAUGCCUCGAUUUAAAGACGGGUGAGAUUUACUACAUAAAUUGGAGGAACGGAAUGAAAGCGAGAGAAGAUCCAAGAACAACAGCACAAUACAGCAGAGAUUGUUACUACUCGGAUGAUGAUGAUGAUGAUGAUGAUAGCUCCUAUGAUAGCGAAGAGUCUUCGACUGAGUCGUCUCCAUCUUCUUCAAGAGAGAGAGAGCCCUAUAAUAAUCAGCAGAAGGAAUCAGAUCAGAACAAUAAGCAGGACCAUGUUCUGGUUGUGGCUGGCUGCAAAUCGUGUCUCAUGUAUUACAUGGUCCCCAAACAGCACGAGGAUUGCCCCAAAUGCAGUGGCCAGCUUCUCCACUUUGAUCGAUCCGACACUGGCUCACCAUGAACCACAUCCCUCCCCGUAGUUUCCUCUAGCCAUAUCUAUCGUUUUGUUUAGUCCGAAAUGUGAGAGACAAGUCUGUUAGUGUGGUGGUGGUGAUGGUACGUUGUUGUUGUUGUUCAUUUUUUCUGGGCCUAGCUAGCUUGUUUUGUCAAUUUGGGUCAUCGUUUGUUUUGGGAAGAAGCCAUGGGAGAGGCAAGAGAUGAGUCCUACACAGUGCCAGCAGCUGCAGUAGGAUGAGGAAGAAGAAGAUCGAAGAUGAGCAAGGUCAAUGGGAUUGGUAGAAGUAGAGGAAUUAUUUGGUAAUGAUUGCGACGUGUAGGUUUCUUCUCUUUUGUUCCAUGAUCAUUCUCCAUAAUUUAUUUUUAACAUUUUUCUCUCUAAAUAUUGAACUAUAUGAUUCUUCCUUAUUAUAUAUAUUUUAUUUUCAUGGCC